ACUCUACAAAAGCCAACCGGCACAUCAUUUCUAUUUUGUGAGAAGAAGCAGACAGCAAAGGUUCCUCUCUGGUCUCUGCAAUUGGAGGAGAAGAAUCACAAAAACAAACCCAAGCCCGGAACCUAAGGAGAGCUUAUACCUAAGACAAUAGUGAUCUGUUAAUACAUUGCUGUAGAUAAUAGAGACAAGGCCCCCAAAAUUUGUGGUCGCAAGUGAAUUAUAUUAUGCUCGACUAUUUAUCAAUGUCUGCUGAAUAGUAGCAUGUAGCUUUUGGAAAUUAGUUACUUUAUCAAGUAAAGGGAGCAAUUCACAUUGAAAAGUUUAUUAUAUCUAUUGAGAACAUCAAGUCAAUCAGAGGCUAGUUUUAGAUGCAAACAUCUCAGAAACACAAAAGUUCAGCUGGUAUUCACGGGUUUUACCACCAACCACAAGAGAUUGAUCAAUAUGGUUUGCCUCAUAUACAAAUUUUAGACAACAAUGUAUUCUCAGAUGUCGGCAAUCAAGGAACCACUGUGUCCUUUCAAAACUACAAGGACGAAUACUUUACCUUGGAAUCUUCCACGGCUACUGGAGGUUUUGUUGUCUAUGAUUCACCUGCUGCCAGUGUCUCAUCCAACAGAAGUCCCUUUUCACCCCAAGGUUCACAUUCGUACCUAUCAGAUCCUCAUCAUUCUCCUGAUAACAUAUAUGGAUCUCCAAUGAGUGGAUCUUCAUCUGCUGAUGAUGACAAUCUACUAAUGAGGCAGAAAUUAAGGGAACUGGAAUUUUUGUUACUGGGGUCUGAAUCAGACAUUACAAAAAACUGUGAUUUCUGCUUCCAUCAAGCUGAUCGAUUAGCAAGUUGGGACUGGAACCAAAUGGUAGAAAUGAUCCCUAGGUUAGACAUAAAACAGGUGCUCUUUGCCUGUGCUCAGUCUGUAUCUGAUGGUGAUAUACAAAGAGCUGCAGGUUUAAUGCAUAUGUUGGAGCAAAUGGUUUCAGUCUCUGGGGAGCCAAUGCAGCGUUUGGGAGCUUACAUGUUGGAAGGGCUCAGAGCAAGGGUGGAACUCUCAGGAAGUAAAAUCUACAGAGCCUUGAAGUGUGAUGCACCACUGAGCUCAGAUCUGAUGACUUACAUGGGUAUUCUCUUUAAGAUCUGUCCCUACUGGAGGUUUGCAUACACAGCUGCCAAUGUUGUCAUCCGUGAAGCUAUGGUGUAUGAGCCUAGAAUUCACAUAAUUGAUUUCCAGAUUGCACAGGGCACCCAGUGGAUGUACUUAAUCAAGUCACUUGCAGAUCGGCCAGGUGGCCCCCCGUCAAUUCGCAUAACUGGUGUUGAUGAUCCCCAGUCAGCUCAUGCUCGUGGUGGUGGACUUCCUAUUGUAGGGCACAAGCUAUCAUGUUUUGCUGAGUCAUGCAAUGUGCCAUUUGAGUUCUAUGAUGCCGCCAUGUCUGGUUGUGAGGUUCAACUUGAACAUCUUGGGUUGCAGCCUGGAGAAGCUGUGGUUGUGAAUUUUCCAUAUGUAUUGCACCACAUGCCAGAUGAGAGUGUGAACACAUGGAAUCACAGAGACCGACUGUUAAGGCUGGUAAAGAGUUUGUCACCAAAGGUUGUGACGCUCAUUGAGCAAGAAUCUAACACUAAUACUAAGCCAUUCCUUCCAAGGUUCAAGGCAACACUAGAAUAUUAUGCCGCUAUGUUUGAAUCAAUUGAUGCUGGAUCCUCUAGGGAUGACAAGCAGAGGAUAAAUGCUGAGCAACACUGUGUGGCUCGCGACAUUGUCAAUAUGAUUGCUUGUGAGGGAGCUGACAGGGUUGAACGACACGAACUCUUUGGGAAGUGGAGUUUGCGAUUUAAUAUGGCUGGAUUUACUCAGUACCCACUAACUUCCAUGGUGACAGGUGCUGUCAGAGAUUUAUUGAGAGAAUAUGAUAGGAACUAUGGACUUCAAGAGAAGGAUGGUGCUCUUUACCUUUGGUGGAUGAACACACCCAUGGCAACCUUUUCUGCUUGGAGGCGAAGCCCUGAUAGUAGCAGUGGAGUUCUUUAACAUCUGUAAAAUUUGUCAUUGCUGUUUUGCUACGAAAGUUUUAAGUUAUGACCUGUAGUGAUGUUUGUCUUUGUAGAAGUAAUUGAGAAUAGCUAUUUUUCAGAUACUAGUGUCAGUUCAAAUACUCAACUCUUAGAUUUCACUGUACAUCGCCCGCUGCGGAAUGAAAUAAAAACAGUUCCGCAUUAUGCUGCAAUUUAUCUUCUAGCAAUAAUUAGUAUCUGUUUCAGAACC